AUGACUUGGUUGAACGAAUUGUUGAAAGAAAACAUUCCAUCUUAUAAUCUUGCUCUUAAACAUGGAGAUCCAAGAACAAAAGACUGGUUUUUAUUAUGGCGUGAUCCAGUACCAGCAGUAACAUUGGCAUUAAUAUAUCUUUUUAUUGUUAUAUUUGGUCCACGGUAUAUGCGCAAUCGUGAAGCAUUUCAUAUACCUGCAUGGAUACUUUUUACAUACAAUAUGGCACUUGUUGCUUUAUCAGCUUACAUGGUCGAAGAACUUGUUGUGGGUAUUUGGGGUAGUGGAUAUAAUUUAUUAUGUCAAAGAAUGAAAGUUACGAACGAUAAAUAUGAAAUGAAAAUAGUGAAUGCUUUAUGGUAUUAUUAUUUUUCAAAAGCAAUUGAAUUUAUGGAUACUAUAUUUAUGGUUGUCCGAAAACGUUAUACACAAAUAACAUUUCUUCAUGUAUUUCAUCAUUCAACAAUGCUUAUUAUUUGGUGGAUUGUUAUGACAUGGAUACCAGGUGGUCAAGCUUGGUUAGGCCCAGUUUUAAAUUCAACAGUACAUGUUUUCAUGUAUGCAUACUAUGGAUUAUCAGUUAUCCCAGCUUUACGUAACUCACUUUGGUGGAAACGAUAUAUUACCAUGUUCCAAUUGAUUCAAUUUGUGCUUAUUUUCACGCAUACAUUUAGUGGUCUCUUAACUGGUUGUGAUUAUCCACAAUGGGGUCAAAUAAUGUUAAGUGGUUAUAUGAUCAUCAUGUUGAUUCUUUUCACGAAUUUUUUUAUUCAUGAAUAUAUUACACGUAGUAACGAUGCUAAACGACGUAAACAAAAAUCAGAAAUUAGUGAUAAAACAUCCAAUGAUGAAUCGACAACAAAAAAACCAACGCGAAAAAAUGGCGUUAAUAAAAAAGAAGAAUAA